CGAUGACGUAUGAUCUGCCUGAAGGCGUGUCGCAUGACCUCGAAGUCGAUUGCGGGGUUGAAAUGACAUACUUGACUAACUACUUAGGUAGUACCUUUGGACGCUAUAUUCGGUAUUCCAUCAAGUUGUUGGCUGCCUGCCGUCUCAUAGUGUAGCAUCAAACUCUAAUUCAGAUGCUACGAUGCCUUCUUCCGACGAACUUCCACAGACAAGAACCCCUCUGCUGGGCAAUAAUGGCCAGUCAGAGGCAGCAGCUAGAAUACGAUCAACUUCACGCAGUGUUAAAAACCAGGGUAGCAGGGCCGUGUCUUUCAUCGUCCACAUCUUCCGGGGUGGUCUCUUUUCUCCACCAACCUUGACAUACGACCCACUACUCCUGCUCCUAAAUCACGACGAAAAGGACGAAAGAAACAGACUCACUGAGAAAUGGAAGGACAACAAGCUGCAAGAGCUGAACUUCGUUGGUGUGGUAUCCGCUCUGCUCGCAAAUGUCCUCACUUCGACCGGUUCAUGGCCGAAUCUUCUGCCCCCUGAAACGACCACUCCCUGGCCUGUGCGGACCUGCUGGUUCUGCGGCAUCGCUUUCGCACUUGCCAGCGUCUUGACAGCGGCAGACCAGACAAUUCGGCUCCAUAGAAUGGCAGGACAUAGGGACGGCUUGGUUCUAAUCAGACAGUCUCUGCGCACCCAACAGCGGGUUUUGAUUGGCACUGAGUGGAAGUACCGCCCUCGUAAAAUGCAAGUCUACGCCUGGCAGUUGUCAGUUUUGUUCCUGGCAGGCGCGGUUCUCUGCAUGAUCUCAGGAAUGAUCUUCUUGGUUUGGAGUGCCGUUGCCGAAGACAUAGGCAGAGGAAAGGGUUUUGAUGACAACGGCAAGGUUGCUGUAAUAUUCACAUCAUUUGCCCUUAUCACAGCUAUCAUCUUCGGACUAGGCCAAACAACGCUGUACUACCCGGUACCAAAGGGAGGCGACAUUGAAGAUAGUGACUAGAAUGAUAA